AUGGCCAUUCACGACGCCACCACGGGGCAGAGCGCUGCCGUCAUCACGACAACCCUCGUUGCCUUCCUUUCAGGAUUCAUGCUCGGUGUCUACACGAUCCGCGGCUACCUCAUCUCCCCUGAGCUGCGCGCCGAAGCUCGCGCCAACAAGGAGGAUCCCAUCGAGAGCGAGGAAUCUGAUAUCGACGAGGACGAUACCAUCCUCGAUCACGCGCCUAACUGGUCCAAUGCCGAGGCCGCCGACGUUCGUGAUGGUCUGCGCCAGCGCAACACUGCUGAGAAGAAGGCCAAGAAGCCGAACCCGGAGAAGGCACCGCUUGCUGAUUCGAAUGAGGAGUGCAAGCUAGUUCUUGUUGUCAGGACGGAUCUGGGAAUGACCAAGGGCAAGAUGGCAGCGCAAGCCUCCCACGCAACCCUCGCAUGCUACAAGUCCCUUUCGAAGGCCGCCACCCGCGACCCGUCUUCUGCUGCCGCCAAGAUUCUAUCCCGCUGGGAGCGCCUCGGCCAGGCCAAGAUUGCCGUCCAGAUCAAGGAUCAGAACGAGAUGCUCGAGCUCAUGGGCAAGGCGCGCAGCUUGGGUAUCACCGCCGAGGUCAUUGCCGACGCAGGCCGCACGCAGAUCGAAGCCGGCAGCUUGACCGUGCUUGGCGUCGGUCCCGCGCCGAAGAGCCUGGUCGACCAGGUCACCAGCCACCUUAAACUGCUGUAA